AUGGCAAAGAGGUCCAGGAAGAAGAAGGAGCAGCCGGCGGAGAGCCUUCCCGACGACCUCCUGCUGGAGGUCCUUGCGCGGGUGCCCUACAGAUCGCUCUGCCGCUUCAAGUGCGUGUCCAAACAAUGGCUCGCCCUCUGCUCCGACCCCGGCCUCUGGAAGAGGUCGCCGCAGGCCCUAUCGGGCUUCUUCUGCUACGCCCGUGACGACCGGAAGCACGAGCUCCGGUUCCACAACCUGUCGGGGCGAGCCCAGCCCCUUGUCGACCCCGGCCUCCCCUUCCUGCGCGGCGCGUGGGACGGGGGCGUCCAGACCGUGGACUGCUGCGGCGGCCUCCUCCUUUGCCAAUGCUGGAAGAGAUCUUCUCGAGCCGGAUCCGCCGGCAUGGAGUACGUCGUGUGCAAUCCGGCCACCAAGGAGUGGACCGUCGUGCCUGCUACCAAGCAGCUGCACCCGAACAAGAAGAACAUUGUCCGCUUGGGUUUUGACCCACUCGUCCCCUCCCGCUUCGCCGUGUUCGUCCUCGUGCGUGGCCACGGGGUCACCAGAGUGGAGAUCUUCUCAUCGGAAACCGGGAGGUGGAUUUCUAAGGAGAGCGAGUGGGGCGACGGCACAAGCGUGGACGAUCACAAUUGUUCAGCCUCUGUCUUCUUCGGUGGGGCGCUGCAUCUGAGUACCCACGAUUCUUCCGUGAUCACGGUGGACACGAAGGGGAAUACUUGA